CGGAUGAUCGGAAAAGGAAGGGCCGGCGCAUGCAGCUUCCCUGAAUCAUUCCUGCCGCGGGACCCGCGACAGCGCCUCUCGAAGGGCGCGCGCGCGCGCCGAGGAGGCCGCCGGCCCGAAGGCGCGGGGCACCGCGCGCCGAUGCGCAGCGGCCGCCGGGCUCCCAUCCGCGGCGGCCGCGCCGCGGCCGGAGAUAGCCGGCGGAUAAAGGGGCACGUGGCCCGCUCGGCGAGCGGCGCGGGAGCCAGCCGCGGGGGCCGCGGGCAGCGCGCGCAGCGCGGCGCCCGCGGCAGCCGGCGGCACGCGCACUCGAGUGGCCCCACUCGCAGGCCAAGGGAGGUGGCCUCGGGUGCGCGGCCUGCCGCCCGUGGCAUGCGAGGUGCGGUGGAGGAGGAAGAGGAGGAGGAGGAGGAGGAGGAGGUCCGAUGGAGCCGCGGAUGGCGAGAAGAGCACGCCGUCGGCUGUGCGGGCCUGAAGGGCCAGGGGCCUCAGGCGGGGCGGGCCCUAAGGGCGCGCUCUUCGGCGACGGUGGACAGCGCCGCGCCUACGGCGACCCGGGGGUCCGUGGGGCAGAAGGCGGCGAUGAUGUCCAGGAGCUCGGCGCGGGCCUCCUCCUUGCUGACAGAAGGCAGCUCGGGGGGCGCGCUCCAGGUAACCGACACCUUCCGGUCCCGGAACACGGCUGGGAACAGCUUGUGCUUGGCGUUGAAGCGCUGGUGAGAGGAACAGACAAUUGCAGAAACAUGCACCGUCGGGCUCCCGCGCGGAGUUCUCGGAUCGGCGCUAGAGCCCCCUCCCUGGCAACGAGAGCGCGCCAGGGGCGAGCCACAGAAGUGCCGCCACGGGGGUGAAGCGCCGAUCCAAGCAAUCCCCGUGGACCUCCGAACGUUCAUGUUUGCGCAUUUUUGUUGGCUCCUCGAGCUGGAGCUCUUCUCUUAGCCUCUUGGUCUCGGCCGGCAUGACGUGCAGGCUGAAGUGCUCGUCGUCCGCCUGCUGGGGCUGUCCAGCGGCAUCCAGGGGUGCGGUGUCCAUCUGCCGCAGCCACCUGUGCCGCAGACACCUGUCCAAUGACAGGCGGUCCUGUGGCUGCUUCUGGAUGGCAGAGGAAGAAAGCAGCAGAGGCAUAAACAUGCGGAGCUCCGCGAGGAUGUCUUGGAUCGGCGAUGGACCACCCCCUCCCUGGCGCGCGGAGCGCGCCAGGGGCGGCGCCAGAGGCGCCGCCAGGGGAGCCCAACACAGAUCCAAGAAAAUCCGCGCGGAACUCCACUUGAGCGAACAUCAAAAACGGGUCUUACGCGAGAUGGCACAGCAACCUUACGCCGCAGCUUACGCGGGCCGCCAGC